UCCCCUUCCUCCACUCCUGCGGCCAUGGACCCGCCGCCGCCGCCGCCGGCCUCCAUCCCCGUCCCCGACGACCUCCUGGAGGAGAUCUUCGUCCGCUUGCCCACCCUGGACGCGGUCGCCCGCGCCUCCGCCGCCUGCACCUCCUUCCGCAGCGUCAUCAAAGGCCGCUCUUUCCGCCGCCGCUUCCGCGCGAUGCACCGGCCUCCCCUCCUCGGCUUCAUGGACGCGGCAGGAUUCCACCCGGCCCAGGCGUCGCACCCCUCCGCCCCGCUAGCUGGAGCCCUCGCCCCCUGCGCCGCCGAUUUCUCCUUCGUCCCGGCAGUCGUUUCUUCUGCCUCCUACGUCCGGCCCGCCGUCCAAGAAGACGACGGGGAAGGCCCCCGCUGGCGCCCCUGCGACGUCCGCGACGGCCGCGUGCUCCUCGAUUGGAUCUCCUUCUACCCCCGUUCCGUCCACAUGUGGAGCUACCGCGAAGGCUGUGCCCGCCGUGAGGUAAGCAUCCUCAUGGACUCCAGGGAGCCCGUUAACCUCAACAUCUGUGCCCGCCCGACGUGGACCAAACGGGAGCGCUGCAACGCUGCCGACUUCCACCUCGCCGUCUGUGACCCCCUGUCCAUCAGAUACGUGCUGCUUCCAACCAUACCCGAGGACCUCGCCUCCCAGCCACAGGAUCUCCUUCAGGAAUUCCAGCCUGUGCUUGCUCCCUGCACCGGCGACGACAGCGAGGAAGUGCCCUUCAAGGUGAUAUGCAUAGCAAGAUACCAAACGAAGCUCGUCCUCUUUGUAUUCCCAUCCACAGCUAGGCAAUGGUCUAUGGUCGAGUCCCCCAUUUUCCCUUCUUUGGAGCACAUGUCUUGUUUGUACGACAUGUCCUCUUUUGACUAUGUGCGCGGCUCUUUCUACUGGACAGAUCGUCAUGAUUGGAGUGACCAUUUGAUGGUGCUGGACACGCGCACUUUGAGGUUUUCCACUGUUGACCUUCUCACCGGUUACCAUAUGGAGCUCAGAAGUCUGCCUGGCCAGAGCUUUGAUGAUCGUCGCCCAAAUGCUGUUGUUCUGGGCCGAGAAGGAGCCCUUGAGAUGUUUUCUCUUGUCUGUCAACACGGGGCCUUUGCUCUCUACCAUACCUCUCUGCAGAAUAAUUCACAGGAAUGGAAGCUAGAGAAGAUUAUACAGCUGCCUGGGCAGUAUCGUGACUAUUCCAUCUCCACAAUUGGUGCAGCCGAGGGAUUCUUGUUCUUCCGGGGCGCUCUAGGAGGUCUGGGCAGUAUUGAGAAUGUGGAUUGUUACUCAAUGGAGGUCAAGACAUAUGGAAUUACCAAAGUCUGUACAAAGACGGAGAAGUUCCUCAAUCGCAGAUCUGCUCUCCCAUACUUUAGCUUCCCACCACUGUUAUCGGAACCAACUAUCUGAUCAACUGAUCUGAGCUCGCUCGAUUGAUAUUGCUUGGGCCAUACAUCUGGAGUAGGAUGGCGGAUGGUCAAGAUGGUGCUGAUGUAGUUUGAUAUGUCCGUAUUAAGUACCGCAUGUAUGUAAGCAGGAUAUGCUGUCAGCAAGUUGAAUUUGACCAACACUGACGUCGAAGACUUGGGUUUAUGUUGUGUACUGAUGUUUGCGUUGGAA